AUGUCCAAGCGUGCCCGAGACGUCGAGCUAGAUUGGCUGGGGCAUGACAAGCCGCUCGCCUCCCCUCCCGGCCACGGCGCGCUAGAGCAGCUCCCCAAUGUCCCCAGCUACCGAGCCACCGCUGCCUCCCGCAUCCCUGUCCUUGUCACCAGCAAGCCAAAGGCUGGAGUUGUCAACCCCAAUUUUUGCAAUGAGGAGCAAUCCCCCCUAGGGCCAGGUAAUUGCCCCACCGUGGACAUCAAGGACGUGGACAGCGGAGGCGAUGCUGUGGAGAAUGACGGUACCCACUUACUGAUGCCCACCAUCGACACUCCCAACAUGGUGGUGGUGUCCGGCACGGCGCCGGCAUCCCCCAGGGGGACACUGACCCUGGCAGGUGAAGGGGAAGUGGAAACAGAUGAGACCUGGGAGGAGGAGGAGGAGGAGGGAGAGGAGCUGGCUGAGGAUGAGGGACAAGCCGAGCGUCAGUUGCUGUGUUUGUGUCCACAGGAGGAAGCUGCCGGCCCCGGCGGAUGGUCUGGCAUGCCCAAGCGCGUCGGUUCAGCCACGAGCCUGAGCAGCUCCAUCAUCAACAACCGGCUUCAGGAGCUGGUGAAGCUCUUCAAAGAGAGGACUGAGAAGGUGAAGGAGAAGCUAACUGACCUCGAUAUCACCUCAGAUGACGAGACCCCUGACGCAUCCCCUGCCAAGCUGGCACCCGUGGCAGCACCGGUGCCUCCCCCGGGAGGGGAGCCGGAGGGGGACAAGCCAGUGGGGGACGAGCACUACUGCGAGAUGCUGUGCUGCACGUUCAAGUACCGGCCCUGGCUGCACCACCUGAAAAACUACCAGUUCCCCAGCAGCAUCGACCCGCUCACCAACCUGAUGUACGUGCUGUGGCUGUUCUUCGUUGUCAUGGCCUGGAACUGGAACUGCUGGUUGAUCCCCGUCCGCUGGGCUUUUCCCUACCAGACACCGUCAAACAUCCACUGCUGGCUGUUCGUGGACUACCUCUGCGACCUCAUCUAUCUGCUGGACAUCCUCGUCUUUCAGACCCGGCUGCAGUUCGUCCGGGGGGGAGACAUAAUAACCGAUAAAAAGGCCAUGAAAGAGAACUACCUGCAAUCACAACGCUUUAAGAUGGAUGUGGUGUGCCUCCUGCCCCUGGAUUUCUUAUACCUCAAAGUCGGUGUCAACCCACUCCUGCGUUUUCCUCGCUGUCUGAAGUACAUGGCCUUCUUCGAGUUCAACAGCCGCCUGGAGUCUAUCCUGAGCAAGGCCUACAUCUACAGAGUGAUUCGGACCACUGCCUAUUUACUGUACAGCUUGCACGUGAACUCCUGCCUCUAUUACUGGGCAUCAGCCUACGAGGGACUGGGCUCUACCACCUGGGUCUAUGAUGGGGAAGGAAACAGCUACAUCCGCUGCUACUACUGGGCAGUCAAAACCCUCAUCACCAUCGGGGGCCUGCCGGACCCCAAGACGCUGUUUGAGAUCGUCUUUCAGCUGCUGAACUACUUCACAGGCGUCUUUGCUUUCUCCAUCAUGAUAGGGCAGAUGAGAGAUGUGGUCGGCGCCGCUACUGCAGGGCAAACUUACUAUCGGAGCUGCAUGGACGAUACCAUUAAAUACAUGAACUCCUACAAAAUCCCCAAAACUGUUCAGAACCGGGUGAAAAUGUGGUACGAGUACACGUGGCAUUCGCAAGGCAUGCUAGAUGAGUCAGAGCUGCUGGUGCAGCUGCCGGACAAGAUGAGGCUGGACAUGGCCAUCAACGUGAACUACAACAUCGUGAGCAAAGUGGCCCUCUUCCAGGGCUGUGACAGGCAGAUGGUCUUCGACAUGCUGAAGCGGCUCAGAUCGGUGGUCUACCUGCCUAAUGACUACGUGUGUAAGAAGGGAGAGAUCGGCCGCGAGAUGUACAUUAUUCAGGCAGGACAAGUGCAAGUGCUGGGGGGACCCGAUGGCAAAACCGUGCUGGUGACUCUGAAACCCGGAUCCGUGUUUGGAGAAAUAAGCUUGCUGGCGGCAGGAGGGGGAAAUCGCCGAACAGCAAACGUCGUAGCUCACGGCUUUGCUAACCUCUUCAUUUUGGAUAAGAAGGACUUGAACGAGAUUUUGGUGCAUUAUCCCGAGUCUCAGAAGCUGCUGCGUAAAAAGGCCAAGAGAAUGCUGCAAAACAAUAAACGCAAAGAUGAGAAGGGAGCACCCGGAGACCCGCUGAUCAUCCGCCCGAAAGCUAGCACCCCGAAGCUCUUCCGGGCUGCCCUGGCCGCCAUGGGGAGGACGGGGCGAAAAGGGCCGCUGGCGCAGCUCCAGUGGAGGCUGAAGGAGCUGAAGGCGACGCAGGCGACGCAGGCGCUGGAUGAGAAGGCGACUGCCUGGUCAGCAGCCAGCACACCCGGCUGA